AUGGCCAACUACGCUAAAAGCAAGCCAGCGGGCUUUACCAACUCCAUCGAGAGAGUCGCAAUCGUCGGCGCCGGCGGUACAGUCGGUUCUCACAUCACCAACGCCCUUCUCCAAACCGGCAAACAUAUCAUCACCGCUCUGACGCGCCUGGGAAGCACUAGCAACCUUCCUAACGGAAUUAUUGUCGCACCGGUCGACUAUAACGACGAGUCAACACUCAUCGCAGCCCUGAACAACCAGCAAUUUCUCAUCAUAACCAUGGCUCCAAACGCUCCUAAGGACACACAUAGCAAAAUCGUCCAAGCUGCUGCCAAAGCUGGCGUACCUUACAUCAUGCCGAAUGGCUACGCGGGUGAUAUCGAACAGGUCAAGCUCGGAGAAGAUACUCUUCUUGGACCGAUAGCCAAGGUAAAUAGAGACGAGAUUGAGAGACUUGGUAUGAAGUGGAUCACUGUCUGUUGCGGCUUCUGGUUCGACUAUAGUCUUGCUGGCGGUGAGAGUCGUUUUGGGUUCGACUUUGACAAGAAGACUCUUACUCUUUAUGAUGAUGGGAAUGUGAAGAACUCGACUUCUACGCUUGCGCAGGUUGGAAGAGCUGUUGCCAAGAUUUUGAGCUUGAAGGAACUUCCUGAAGAUGAGAAUGACGAGAAUCUUACCGUUUCAAGCUUAUUCAACAGGGCUGUUUACUUAAACAGCUUUAUCGUUAGUCAGCGAGAUCUCUUUGAGAGCGUCAAGCGUGUCACUGGUACUUCCGACGCUGACUGGAUUGUCACUCACGAGUCAAGCAAGAAGAGGUAUGAAGAGGGAAUGGUGCAGGUCAAGCGAGGGGAUAUGAGUGGUUUCAGCAAGUUGCUCUAUGCAAGGGCGUUCUUCCCAGAGGAUCCGAGUGAUCUGUCAGCCAAAGCGCAGAACGAAUUGCUUGGUUUGCCAAGGGAGGAUUUGGACGAGGCUACUAAGGAUGGUAUCGCUUUGGCUGAGGUUUUGAAGGGACGUAGUGAGCGCAUGAAGCAUUAG